GAGAGGGGAGAGAGAGAGAAAGCGAAGGAGGGAGAUAGGUAGGAUAAAGAGAGAAUUGGGAGAGAAACAGGCAGAGCGCGAGCGAGGAAGAGACGAGUGGGAGACAGAGAGAGGGGGGAGGGAGAGAGAUAAUAGUUUCAUAAAAGCCACAUCCGAUCCACGACAUUCUUUUAGCAGUUAUUUUUGUUUCCAUUCCGUCUGCCCGCAAUGUGUUGUUAUGGGAAUAUAACAGAGAGACAGACAGACAUACCAGUAGGAUGACUAUGCUGUUUACGUAAUUAUAAACCCACUGAACAAAAACAUAGACAUCUUUGGAAUAAUGUUUUUAGUAGGUGCAGUGCAGGCAAUAGCAUAGGCUGCUAUUUGUCCGUGCGCAAAAACAGAUUCAGAUUGGGUGUGGAGAGUAGAAUAGCUAGACAGAGUGGGGGGACUUUGAUAAGGAAUCUGAUAAUUAAGUCUUAUAACGUUUCCCACAUUUCCCACAAUUACUGGCGAUGGGAAGCAAUCUGGAAUGGAAACUUCCCGUGUUCUAUUUUUGUGUCUCAGUACGUGUGCCUUUUGGCAUUUGUAGCCGGCAUCUUCGUGCAAAAUUGCAUUACGUCACUACAUCAUUCUGGUGAAUUCUCUCUCCCACCCAAAAAAUGACUUGACUACAGGCGGCCAGCCAGCCACCCGCCCCGUUAGCUGCGUGGUGUAGUAGAGUAGAGAAGCAUCAUCAGCAUCAACAACAACACCGGGAAAUGCAGCUACUGUAACGGAACUGGUCCCCCUCCCACCACGGGCAGAUGGAGCGUGAGCUCGCCACCGCCACGUGACUCGGUCGAUUCGCAUCUGUAGUGUGGCGGAGAAUCUCACUCUGCAUCAUGGCUGCGGAAGAUGCAGCUGCCCGGUCCCGAACCGCCCCCCUCUUCCCCAGGGUACCGCUCACCCCAGCCCGGCUGCUGUUCCUCUCUCUCCUCUCCCUCUGCCUCAUCCCCUCCCCGUCCCUCGCCCUGCUCGGCUUCCGUCCGGAGGAGACCGGGGGAGAGCUGUCCGUGGACGACGGGGUGCUGAAAGCUACGGAAGGAACCCGCUUCAUGCUGCGGGUCUACUACGCCCUCAUCCCCACAGAGGCUCAACCGGACGCUGGGGCCAGAGCCAACGCCGCUCCCUGGAUAGCAUUUAUCGAGGAGCCGAGGCCGGGGAGAGAGGGGCAGGUCCACCCGAAGCGCAAUAUGUGCAUGGAUAAAAACGCCAGGAGCUCGGAUAUUGAGAUCUUGGGCUCUUUCAAGUCCGCUUCGAGUCAGAACUCCGUGUUGGUGGAAGUACUGGCUAAGAACCUGCGCAGGGGAGAGAAGAUGAAGUACUAUUCGAUGUGCGCCUUCGACGGGUCCAAAUGGGAACACUACCGGACCCGGGAUUUCUGGGUCGCCGUGGUGGAGCGCGGGCCGGAACCGGACCUCUGGCUUCAAGUGUUAGUGUCGGUUCUGUUACUGGCCCUCUCGGCACUCUUCAGUGGCCUGAACCUCAGUCUGCUCGCGUUGGACCCGGUGGAGCUCCAGGUUCUGCAGAACAGCGGCACGGACAAGGAGCAGAAAUACGCGAGGAAAAUCGAGUCAGUGCGGCGGCACGGUAACUACGUCCUGUGCACUUUGCUGCUGGGCAACGCGCUGAUCAACGCGGCGCUCGCAGUGUGGAUGUGUCAGAUCCUGGGGAUGACCUGGUUGUCCACCAUUAUGUGCGCGUUUGGGAUCUUUUUCAUUGGGGAGAUCCUGCCACACUCUGUUGCGUCGCGGCACGGCCUGGCCAUUGCGUCCAAAACCAUCUGGGUAACCCGUCUUCUCAUGGUUCUCUCCUUCCCCAUCUCCUACCCCAUCAGUAAACUCUUAGACUUCAUCCUCCACCAGGAGAUCAGUAACUUUUAUACGCGGGAAAAACUCCUUGAGAUGCUGCGGGUGACCGACCCGUACCACGACCUGGUUAAAGAGGAGCUCAACAUCAUACAGGGCGCGCUCGAGCUCCGGACCAAGACCGUAGAAGAUGUUCUGACUCCGCUAACCGACUGCUUCAUGCUCACCUCGGAAGCGGUGCUGGACUUCAACACCAUGUCGGAGAUUAUGCAGAGCGGCUACACGCGGAUCCCAGUGUUCGAAAACUUGCGGUCGAACAUUGUGGAUAUUCUGUUCGUGAAGGACUUGGCGUUCGUUGACCCGGAUGACUGUACCCAUCUGAAGACCAUAACACAGUUCUAUAAACACCCCAUGCACUGUGUGUUCAACGACACCAAACUGGAUGCCAUGCUGGAGGAGUUCAAGAAGGGCAAGUCCCACCUGGCCAUCGUCCAGCGGGUCAACAAUGAGGGUGAGGGUGACCCCUUCUAUGAGGUCAUGGGCAUCGUGACCCUGGAGGACGUUAUCGAGGAGAUCAUCAAGUCAGAGAUACUGGACGAGACUGACCUCUACACUGAUAACCGUUCUAAGCGUCGUGUUUCUCACCAUGAGAGGAAGCAGCAGGACUUCUCCAUCUUUAAGCUGUCGGAGAACGAGAUGAAGGUGAAGAUCUCUCCCCAGCUCCUCCUCGCCACGCACCGCUUCCUGUCCACAGAGGUGGAGCCAUUCAGGCCAGCCCACCUAUCAGAGAAGAUCUUACUGCGUCUCAUUAAACACCCCAGUGUGGUCCAGGAGCUGAGCUACGAUGACAAGAACAAACUGGCCCCACAGCACUUCCUGUUUCAGAGAAACAAACCUGUUGACUACUUCAUCCUGUUACUACAGGGUCGUGUGGAGGUGGAGUUUGGUAAAGAGGCUCUGAGGUUUGAGAACGGAGCGUUCGCCUACUACGGGUGCCUGCCAUCAUGCCCACAGUCCACAGAUCCCCCCUCCCGUAGCAGUGGUCUGGACCGGUCUGACUCUAUGCUGUAUGGGGGCGGUCUGGGCCAACUCAACGGAGGGGGGAGCGUCUACCUGCCUGACUACUCUGUUAGGCAGCUCACACACCUGCAGGUCAUUAAGAUCACCCGUAGCCACUACCAAAGCCUGACAGCCACUCUGAUGGACAGCUCCCCCAGACCCCGACACAGACGCCCGGCCCACAGAGGGAACACUCCCGACCUCCCUGUCCCGGAGCAGAGUGGAGACCACCUCCUCCCCCCCAGAGAGACCCGGCCCAGCUCGACCAGAACCAGAGGACAGCAGUCCUCCGUCCCACACAGCACCUCUCUGCUCAAUGAGAAGAACCGCAUCGUCCGCAGUAAAUCAGACAGUCAGAACAGCCCCAGUGAUUCCGUGUUCCUCAGGAUGGAUGAGAUCUCUUACAUCAGAGAGGAGCACUCAGAGAGGGACGGCACCAACGACACAGCCUCUGUUGCUAUAGAAAUGGACGCCCCCUCUUUCAUCAGUACUCUGUCUCUGAGUGGAUCAGAGGACACACUGGGCAAGAAACUACUGCUCAAACUCAGUGAGUCACACACACAACAUACAGUACACACGCAUACAAGCAUGCAUACACACACACACACACACACACCUUACUCUGCAUUCUAACACCUGUGUGACAAUCCA